AUGUACUAAGUGAUUGUACUUGAGAAAGUUAGGAUAUUUGCAAUCUGGGAUAUGCCAACUCUUACUAUUUAGAGUAUGAAGACACAAGUAUUUACUGAUGCCAUGACAGUAGGAUUAAAGAUAUAUAUCUACAACGGUUACUUGUAUUUUCUUCACUCUGGAUAGAGUUAUAGUAACCUUGCUUAAUUUAAUAAUUUUACUGUAGAGUAUAUCUACCUAUCUUCUGUUUUUGACAGAUAUACAUUAGAUUUUAAUGCUCCUGGUUCUUGUGUUUCUUCAUUGUUACAAGACGUUUCUCCCAUACCUUCUCUAUCAACUAGUGCAAGCAGGGCUCUACUGGAUUUUUCAGCAGUGUUCGCCACAGAAACCGUUUAUCCAGUUGGAAAAUUGAGUAACUAAGAUGCUGGUUUUUACAUGGAAUUAAUUAAUUACUCAGCUGGCUUUGGGUACUCUACAUCUAGUCUUUUGGGUUGUCCUUUUCUCAACAUAGAUUGGCCUGAUGACCCCAAGGACUUCUUCAUUAAAUUACCACAAGUUGAAUUAGUCACUUAAGUAAUAAAGCAAGCUUAGAUUUGCACAGGAGAGCGACUAUUAUUCAGUUGGAAAGUAGAUCACUUCGACAUAUAACCUAGUGCAAUAUUCUCAACUGAUGCUCCAGAAGGAUCUUAAAUUAAUAUCAAUGCUACUGCUCUUGGUAUAGGAAUCUAUACAAUUUCUUUGUCAUUUAGUCAAGGAUCUGAAUAGACUACAAUAUACCCACUCUAUACUCAAUCAAAUACAUUAAUAUAUAAUUAUGCUGAUGCCACAUAUGAUGAUUCAGUACUGGUACUAUGUGGAAUGACUAGUUCUUAAAAUGUGCCUGUGGCUGGUAAAUCAUUUCCAUUUUUUGCAUUCUACAACAAGAACUUAUUUUAAAAUUACUGGCUUACAAUGUAAUCAGGAUUGGGUGAUGGAGAGUCUACAUUUUGCUAAUUUGAUGAUGAAAAUAAUAACUUAUUUUCAAUAGUAUAAGCUAAAUCUACCUCUAGUGCAGUAAUUUAUGAUAUGGUCUAUGCUUAUAAAAUUGAUCCUAUUGGAAGACUUAUAUAGUCAAAGAUGCUUUAGACUGAAGGAAAUUAACUGCUAGCCCCUUAUGGAAUCUACGAUAAUACUGCCAAAUCAUUUUAUAUAUCUGGUACAAUUGAAUAAAGCAGUCUAAAACUAACAAAUUAGAGUGGAUUUAUAUGGAAAUUAGAUGACAAUCUUAAUACAAUUUACUUUACUGUCUACUCACUUUAUAGCCUCAAUGUUUUUCCUUAAGCUAUUGCUUCUUCUAUAGGAGGCUCAGCUCAUUAACUAGUAGGGAAACCUGCAUCAUCAGGGAAAUUACAUAUUGGAGUAGUACAUUUUCUGCCAAAUGGAUCAAUUUUUUCAAAUAGUUUUUUUAUUUCAACGAUUCCUGAUAGUUAUAAAACAGGCUUUGAAUAAACUGAAUUUGACAUAGUGUAUCGCAAUUAAUAUGUCUAUUCAGCCUUUUCUUAUAUUAUAAUGGAGUCUUCUGAAAUCAAUGAAAUAUACUGCAGUAAGCAUCUUGUUUCUACUGGUUUAGUUGAGAUACAAAGAGAAUUUAUUUUACCUGGUGAUCAAGGUACUGCUAUUUCAAUUAAUUUUAUUGAUCCAGAUGGGUAUUUCUAUAUAUUUGUUGAGGGAAAAUAAAUGGGAAAAACCUAUAUAUUUAAAAUGACUGAAAUGAUGAUUUUGUUAGAAUUCUAUAUUUCUUAUCCAUCCUCACCAAACUCUGAAGCUAUUGCAUUAAAUACAUUUAGAACUAGUUAGAGUAUAUAUUUCAUGUAUUCUUUUGGGUUAUAAGGACUACCUUAAAGAUAUCUCAUGAUAUCUAAGUUCAAAUUAGAAGACAUGCCAAACAUCUAAUCAACUGAUUAUUACUGCUCACCACUUUAUAAUUAAGAAUUUUCAGGUAUUAACAACAAAGUUAAGGCUUCAAUAAAUGGAAUCUCUGAUUCAUAGCAAAGUUAUUGGAGAAGUAUUCCUGUGCUAAGUAAAGUUUAUAGUAUUUCUGAGAUGAAAAACUAUAUUUAAAAUGCUAGUAUGGUAAGAGGUUACUAUUUCAAUAGUUAAACUGCUAUAACAUUCGUAGAGCAAUUUACUUCCUGUAUUCUAUAAUCCCCAGCUUCUCCUGGAGUUACAAAAGAUUUUGUGGGUGAUAGGGCCAUAUACAUAUCUCAAUAUGAAUUUUAUUUGAAUCUCUCUCCAUUUUAGUAAUGCCAAGGAUUAACUUUCACAACAGACAUGAUUUAUUCAUAUCAGAAAGAUGGUUUGUGGGUUUUUGAACCACUUCCAUCCUGGAUUAUCCUAGUAGAAAUAGAUAUUUCAGCACCUUACUUGAUAGUAUCCUCAAAUUUGAAUUCUUAUAUGGGAAACUAUACAUUGAUCUAUAACUCAACCUUUCUUGAAUCAGGUGUGAAAAGACAGUCUUCAUCAAAAUUUAUUUUACAGGUUAAUCCAAAUCAGCCUCCUUUCCUUUUAGAGACAUUCAAUAAAAAUGUUACUAUUUUCGGCAUGCAUUCAUUUUAUGAUGCUGUUUAUUUUGACAAAGAUAUCGAAUACAAUUAAGCUGUAAUAUGGAUUGACUUCUACGAUCCUUGGAAUUUUACUAUCCUAAGUACAUCAUCAUGGGUUUAAGUUAUAUCUAAUUCUAGCGACUUAGUGGAAUAUCAACUAGUGAAUCCCCCUAAUCCUUCUACUAAUACUGUAAACUACUUAAGAUUAUUUGUAGGAGAUGAAUAUAAUAUGCUUUCACCUAGAAAUAAAGCUCCAAAAGCGAACAGUGAAAAUCUAACUUCUAACACAAUUCCUUAAUUAUUUGUACCUAAGCAUUUUUCGAAAUUUUUUCAUCAUAAAAACUUCAUAGAUACAGAAGGAGAUGAAUUCACAGUUGAUUGCAAUAAUAUCUUAAAGCCUUCGACAUCCCCUAACAAGGACUGGAUCCAAUUUACAGAUUAUGAAAAUGGAUCCUAUAGUAUUAUCGGAGCCACUCCAAGAAACAAUCAAUUUGCUGGUAUUUAUAUGAUAAAUUGUCUUCUAUCAGAUGGAUUUGAUGAUUCACCCAGCACUUUUUAGAUUACUGUGAAUUUAACUGCCAAGCCCUAGAUAUAGCUCUUGUAUCAUCCAGGUAAUUUUUCAAUGCUUUUGCCUUAUGGAUUUAAUCUUAGUCUUGAGAAUAUAACUAAUGAAUUAAGAGAAGAUUAUAUUCUUACCUUAUAUAUUAAUAAUACAUAAUUUGGGGCAGUCCAUUCAAAUUGGCUUUUAUUCGAUGAUAAGAAAUUCAUUUUUUAGUUUUUCCCAAAAGAAAACAAAUACCAAGGCUUGCAUGAAUUAUAGCUGAAAUUUGAUGAUGAAAUAACUACUCCAACAUAUUUGAAAUUUUAUGUGACCAUUAUUCCUAAUUAUGGCCUUGUAGUAAAAAAUGAUUUACCCAACAAAGUUGCCAUUGUAAAUAACAAAUUUAUGUUUCAUACAAAUGUUAAUUCUCUAUUCAGUAACCCAGAAAAAAAGAACUAUACCUUUUAUUUUAGAGAAUACGGUAGGCUCGAGCUGCCAUAUUUUAUCAUUAAUAAUUACUCAAAUGGAAGUCUAUCAGGUUUCGCCACUGAAGAUUCUAUAGGAGAUUAUAGUUUAGAGCUAGUUGGAGUUGACGAUUCAUCGGUGGAAACAGUGAUAUCCUUUACAAUAAGAGUAUAACGUAAGAACUAAUUUGAUAUUCAUAAAAUUUAUAGCUUGCUAUUAUAAAUGUUUAUUAUGCUGGGGAAGUGA